UUAGUGUAGUAGUAGUUAAAUGUCGCAAUAUCAAAUAUCGAUGGCCAUCUAAAAUUUCACAACUUUCUCAAUCUUAACCUGUAACUAUACAAAUAUCACCACCAAUUAUGGAUGAAGACGACUUAUAUGAUGAGUUUGGGAAUCUCAUUGGAGGCUCUGACAUUUCCGAUGACGAGUCAUCGCAUUCCAAUUUGUUUGAUAGUGAAGAUGAACUGGAUUUAGAGCAAUCACAAUCACAUCGAGAACCAGUACCAGUAGCACCACCAGUAGAUUCUACUAGUUUAAUCAAAAGACAAGACCAAACUUUAGAUAAUGUGACUCAGAUAGUGGUUGAACCCUCUGAUGAAACAGAUGAAGUACCAGUAAUUCAAAGAUCUAUUGAAAAGAAAAUUCGAUAUGAUUAUACUUAUAGUGAAAGUCCUCAUGAUGAAGAUUUUAAAGCAUUACCAGAAAUUAUAUAUUCACGAACAUUUAUGAUAGAUACUAUGAAAAGAUUACCUGAAAGAAUACGAACUAUUGCUAUAAUAGGGAAUUUCCAUUCAGGAAAGACAAGUUUACUUGAUGCAUUAGUUUUACAAACUCAUUCUCCAUCAAUAACUAUAAAGAAAACUCUUAAGAGUUUUAAACCAUUAAGAUUCUUAGAUAAUCAUAAAAUUGAAAUAGAUAGAGGAAUUUCAAUUAAAAGUAGUCCAAUUACAUUAAUAUUACCUGAUUUAAAGGAUAAAUCAUUUAUAUUUAAUUUUAUUGAUUGUCCUGGUCAUCCUAACUUUUUAGAUGAAUCUUUAGCAUCAUUUAAUGCAAUUGAUGGAGUUUUAAUUAUAUUAGAUGUUGUUGAAGGUUUAUCAUCAAGAGAUAAAGAUUUAAUAACUCAUGUAUUACAAUAUAAUUUACCUAUUACUUUAAUGAUAAAUAAAAUUGAUAGACUUAUAUUAGAAUUAAAAUUACCACCUCAAGAUGCUUAUUAUAAAAUUCAACUUAUUAUUGAUGAAUUUAAUGGGUUUAUUAAUAAUAAUCCCUUUAUAUCUACUUAUACUCAUACUCAAAAUUUUAAUCCAAUUAAUAAUAAUAUAAUCUUUGCUUCAGCAACUUAUGAAUUCACAUUUACAUUAUUAAGUUUUGCAAAAUUAUAUCUUGAUAAAAAUCCAAAUUCUUUAGUUAAUAUUGAAGAAUUUAGUCAAAGACUUUGGGGAGAUUAUUAUUUUAAUCCUAAUAUAAAUACAUUUACUACUGAUUCUCAAAAUGGUAAAUUAUCUCGAACAUUUAUUUCAUUUAUUCUUGAACCAAUAUAUAAAUUAUUUACAUAUACUUUAGUAUCUGGUUCAGGAGAUAAUAAACUUGCUCAUGUAUUAUGGAAUAAUUUUGGGAUAACUUUACCUAAAGAUGUAUACAAACAAGAUGUACAAAUACUUCUUAAAGAUGUAUUUAAGAGUAUAUUAUCAGGUAAUAAAGGUUUAACAUCAUCAUUAAUAAAUUCAAUACCUAUACCUAAUUUAAUAAAUUCUUCAACUUCAACUUCAAUUUCACCAUUUGAAGGUAGAAUUAUAAAAUUAAUAGAAACUUCUGAUGCUAAACUGUUUUAUACACUAUUAAAAGUUAAUUCUGGAACUAUAAAAGUAGGAACUAGAAUAAAAAUUAUUGGAGAAAAUUUUCAAGAAGAUGAAGAAGAUUAUUCAAUUGAAGAAAUUGAAGAAAUAUAUUUACCAGGAGGUAGAUAUAGAGUUCCAAUUCAAGAAGCAUCUAAAGGAUUUCUUGUACUUAUUAAAGGUAUUGAUAAUAAUAUAAUUAAAGGAGGUAAUUAUGUCUAUGAAGAAGAUAGUAAUAUUGAAUUAAUUCCUAAAUAUAAAUCAUGGGGAAAUAAAUCAAUAUUUAAAGUAGCAAUUGAACCUGCUUCACCAUCUAAUUUACCUAAAUUAUUAGAAGGAUUAAGAAAAUUAAAUAAAUCAUAUUUAGAUUGUAUUAUAAAUGUUGAAGAAAGUGGUGAACAUAUUAUAUUAAGUCCAGGAGAAUUAUAUAUGGAUUGUAUGUUACAUGAUUUAAGAAAUUUCUUUACUGAUAAUUUAGAAAUUAAAGUAAGUGAUCCAAUGACAAAAUUUGGUGAAACAUGUAUAGAAAUAUCUUCAACAAAGAUUACUACAAAAACUUCAUCAGGUCAUAAUCAAAUAUCAAUUAUUGCUGAACCAUUAAAUGAUUUAAAACUUAGUAAAUCAAUUGAAAUGGAUAAAAUUAAUCUUAGACAACCAAUAAAGACUAUAUCAAAAAUAUUAAGAAAUGAUUUUGGAUGGGAUUCAUUAGCGGCAAGAUCAUUAUGGUAUUUUGGACCAAAUGAUUUACAAUCUCCAAGUAUAUUAUUAGAUGAUAGUUUAGAAGAAGAAACUAAUAAAGAUUUAUUAAAUUCAGUUAAAGAUUCAAUUAGAUUAGGAUUUAAAUGGGGUAUAAGUGAAGGACCAUUAUGUGAUGAACCUAUAAGAAAUGUUAAAUUUAAAAUACUUGAUGCAGUAAUUAAUGGAUCUGAAAUUCAAAGAAGUAGUACUCAAAUAAUUCCUAUGACAAGAAGAGCUUGUUAUACGGGAUUUUUAACAGCAACUCCUCGAUUAUUAGAACCUUAUUAUAAAGUUGAUAUUAUUUGUGGAGAAUUAUCUAUUAAAGUUGUUAAUAAAAUUUUAGAUAAUAGAAGAGGUUAUUUAAUUAAUCAAGUAGCAAUUGCUGCAACUAAUUUAUUUGAAUUAGAAGGAGUUAUCCCAGUAAUUGAAUCUAUUGGAUUUGAAACUGAUUUAAGAAUUCAAACUCAAGGUCAAGCAAUGGGUUAUCUUCUGUUUAAACAAUGGGAUAUAGUUCCAGGAGAUCCAUUAGAUUCUCAAGCAUUUUUACCAUCAUUAAAACCAGUUCCUAAUAAAUCAUUAGCUCGAGAUUUUGUAAUGAAAACUAGAAAGAGGAAAGGUUUAUCAGGAGAUCCAAGUUUACAAAAAUUUAUUGAACCUGAAUUAUAUAGUAAAUUAAAGGAUAAGGGAUUUAUUAAUUAAAUUAUGUUGUAUAUUA